AAUCUCAAAUUCAUAAUUUCAAUAAAAUGGGCCCAUCUUCUGCUGCUUUCACAUUAAUGAGGAAAGAAAAAACAGGAUUGGGAUGGAUAGAAUGGAUACAAGGAUGGUAUCGUUUAACAUAUGAAACACUAUUUCAAAAAAUCAAUGCUAGGAAUUUACAUGACCCUUUGCCUUUACCUCCUUUAAAUGGCCAAACUUGCAUUGUAACAGGAGCUACAAGUGGUAUUGGACUUGAAAUUGCUAGGCAAUUAGCAAAUUCAGGUGCACAUCUUGUCAUGGCUGUAAGAAACACAAAUCUUGCACAUCAAAUCAUCCAAAAAUGGCAAAGAAAUGAACCCGACUCGAGCCCCUUAAGCAUCGAUGUUUUAGAACUCGAUCUCCUUUCUCUUAAAUCUGUCGUAAAAUUUGCACAAGAAUGGAAUUCAAGAUCAAAACCCCUGCAUGGUCUAAUCAAUAAUGCUGGUAUUUAUUCCAUAGGACAACCUCAGAAAAUUUCUAAAGACGGGUACGAAACACAUCUACAAGUUAACCAUCUUGGCCCUGCAUUACUUUCUGUAUUACUCUUACCUUCACUAAAAAGAGGUGCUCCAAGUAGAAUUGUUAAUGUGAAUUCGCUUCUGCAUACAGUUGGUUUUGUUGAUUCCCAAGAUAUGAAUUUUAUAACCAAGAAGAAUAAGUUCUUGAGUCGAAAGGCUUAUUCAAAUAGUAAGUUGGCACAAAUUAUGUUUAGCAGUAUGUUUCAGAAAUACAUACCAACUGAUGCUGGAAUUUAUACGUUAUGCGUAGAGCCAGGAGCUGUACGGACAAAUGUAACGAGGGAUCUUCCGAGGAUUUUGAAUAUUCUCUAUCAGAAAAUGUUUUUUUUCAUGUUUGAUGCUCAACAAGGUUCAAGAAGUGCACUUUUUGCUGCUACUGAUGUUGAUAUCUUAAAAUAUUGUGAUAAGUUGAAGGCAGAAGAGUGGCCUGUUUGUGCCUUCAUUGGUUGCCAUUGUAAACCUACGAAUCCUAGUAAAGAAGCACAUAAUGUGGAGACUUGUUAUCAAGUAUGGGAGAAGACAUUGGAAAUGGUUGGUCUUUCUACAGAUGUUGUUGACAUGAUUUUUCAAGGAAAAGAAAUUCAUUGCCGCUAUGGGACUGACAAAGAUCAGUAAGCAUGUUGCUCCCUACUUACACAAAAAGAUUUUUUUUAAUCCUAUUUGCACAGUAUAAUUUUCCGACGAGGAGGAUUCAAUUGUACUCCUCCUUAUUACAUGUAGCGCUGCCCAGAGGCGUAUUCACCAUCCAGUGUAGAAGCUAUGGGUUCAACUGAACUCAUAGUUUUUGCUCGUAUCUUGUAUUUUUACCCACAAAAUCAUUA